CUCAUUCGGCACUUAUAAUAAUCAACACUCAAUACAAAAUGGCGCGGACGAAGCAAACUGCGCGGAAAUCGACAGGUGGAAAAGCACCAAGGAAACAACUUGCGACAAAAGCUGCCAGAAAAAGUGCACCAGCCACUGGAGGUGUGAAGAAACCCCACAGAUACCGCCCCGGGACCGUUGCCCUCAGAGAAAUAAGAAGAUACCAGAAGAGUACAGAGUUACUGAUCCGAAAGCUACCGUUCCAGAGAUUGGUCAGGGAAAUCGCGCAGGAUUUCAAAACGGAUCUCAGGUUCCAAAGUUCAGCUGUAAUGGCUUUGCAGGAAGCUAGCGAGGCUUAUUUAGUCGGACUGUUCGAGGACACCAACCUUUGCGCGAUACAUGCUAAAAGAGUCACCAUAAUGCCCAAAGACAUACAGCUGGCGAGACGAGUGCGCGGCGAAAGGGCGUGAUUUUCAAAAGAAGAUACAAAAUGGCGGCGGUGAAUUUGAUAUAAAUAAUAGAGGUUUUAUAAAAAUAAUCAUAUAUGUGUUAUGUUUCUCGUUUUUGGUGUAGGACAAAGCCCUUUUGAGGGCUGCAUA